CUUCCAUGGGCGAGGCUGCUCGCUUGCAUCCUCUAGCUCGUCCUUGCCCUUGGCCAUGUCCCACUGCGCUACUGCUGCUGCUGCUACUCCCCCCGACUUCUGUAUACGGUCUUGCAUCUUGCAUCCAAGGGUAGUGCCCGUCCUUAUCUACUGGUUGAAGCUAGAGCAGUCGUUGUUGAUGGAGUAAAUGGCUGCGAACGACGUUGCAAAUGUUGUGCCCUGCCAUAAUAUCGCGGUGUAUGAAAGUGCCGCAGGUUGAGCAGUAUAGCCUGCGGAUCUUGACCUGUGCAACAGCUUUCUUGCGAAGGUUCUCUCGGUGCAUUUGAGUGCGUCCUUUUUCUUCCGAAGGAAGGCCGUCGAGGUAAAGAGCCAAGUUCGUCUGGGUCCCAAGCUUCAGUAUCUCUCGCUCGACAAUAC